GCCAGGAGGCCAGGGCGGAGGCCAGGUGGUGCUCAGGCCUGCCCAGAGUGAAAUCAUGGAGUCUUCCAAGACCUUCAUGAGAAAGCUACCCAUCACACCAGGAUACAGUGGCUUCAUUCCGUGGCUCAGCUGCCAGGGAACCCCCAGCGAGGACCACAUGGACUACUGUGUGAAAGCCUUCCAGGAGAGAACACAGCAAUACAAAGACCAGCUGCAGGAACUGAACUGCUUGGUGGCCAACGCCCCGACCCUGAAGCCUGUCAGUUCUGAGAACACGGUCCUGCGGGAGCUACAUAAAUAUGCUCAGAAGUACCACCCCUGGACUCUGGAAUGCAAAUGCAUAAAGAAACCGCUCCACGAGCCCCCUAUUCCUGGCUGGGCAGGCUACGUGCCCAGAGCCAGGGUCACUGAAUAUGGCUGUGCCACAAAAUAUACCAUCAUGGCCAAAAAGUGCUACAAGGAUUUCCUGGAUCUCGUGGAGCAGGCCAAGAGAGCAAGACUGAAGCCGUAUGAGGAAAUAUAUGGGGUGAGCACCACACAGUCUUCUGAUCCAAAAGUUUCACCACACCAUGAGAUCCCAACCCCAUACCCAGAAUCUUCUGUGCCAGGUGGAAGACCCCCACAUGAAGACGCUAGACCUCCAGGAACAUGUGGCUGUGUUCAGUGGGCCAGUCUCUCAUGCAACAGGAAUGUGUAUGGAGAGCCACUGCCCUCAGUGAAAUUUGCAGAGAGCUAGAAAGAGAUGCUGCACUUGCAUCAGAGCCAGCUCCUUCUAC